CAAGUCAAAAGCAUCAGUUAUCUGCUUUAAAACAUUUGCCACUUCGAGUGUUACUCCAGCGUAUAUCACCGACUAAAGUUUUUAACGACAUUUAUUUUUUCCAUCAGACCGAAGUAAGAUGCCUACUCUGAAGUGUCAAAGCGUUCACUCUUUAUCAAUAACUUGUUGGUAAUUUUUUUCUCUUGUUUUCCUUGCUUACACGGUUGUCAAAUUUUGCGUUCCAUAAGCAAACACUGGUGGCAAAGGCUCAUGAUUUAUUCAAGGUACUUGCUUGUACUCUGAUAACAAAUACCAAUAGUUUUGUUAUCAAUGGUAAUGAAAAGAUGAACCUUCUCCCUAGCUCAGUACUACGGCUAGACUUGGAGUCAAUAACUGUUGAAUUCAAUUAGAAUUAACUCCUGAAGACAGUUUGUGGUUCUUGAAUGGCGUCUUCAAUCUAUUCGAGUCGAUCAGUGGGUAAUCUUCCGGCUAUUGGUAAAAGAGAGGACGGUGAAGGGUUAGAAUCGUGCGACAAGGUCGCUUUUGAGGAGUAUGGCCGCGAGAACAGUUCUUCCACAGUCGAUGAGCUUUUAAGAGACACGAUCAGUGAACUACAAAAAGCGCUCUAUGAGUCCAAGAGAUUGCUGUCUGAGAGAGACGGCGAGAUUAACGCCCUGAGGAGUCAAGUUGAAGACAUGAGGAAGUCGAACAUGACUUGCACGAGCGUCGCCAUUGAAGACGAGUUCCAAAAGUCACAGUUAAAAGUAAUUGAUUUGGAAAAGAUUGUACAAAAACUUCAAGAAGAUGUGUCGAUACAACGAUCCCAGAGAGACGACAUCCUAAAACAAACGAAAGAAAACGAGGCUACAGUAAAUGGUGGUCACACGUGCUAUUGUGGGUCGAUUUGCGUCGCCAUGAAAGAGGUCGUCGAUCUUAAACGCAAACUCCAUCAAACUGAACAAAAAUACCUCCAUUUGAAGCGAAAUAUGCGAACAAUGGAGCGAAAUCGAGUUCGGGUUGGAGUAGCCCAGAGGGAUAGCCCUUGUACUGUGAGUUAACUGUAUUGAGUAGUACCCAAGAACAUCCACCUACUCGAUAAUUGGAGUAUGCUACCAUACGCGCAUAUUUGUUUGUUGUAUCUUGUUGCCAAACAAAUAAGGACGGCUGGAGCACGUGACACGUUUCCCAAACCACAGGGAACCCAACAAACAACGGGGUAAGUGAAAACGACUUCAAAACCUUUCAAAAGAAAUUCAGUUAAAUUCUUUAGACCUGUUGAAAAACACCUGCGUCUGUAAAAACCAGCAAACAUAGGAUUAUAUUAAG